UAGGCAAGCCAGGGAGAACCCGCUGCAGCACGUGGGAUGCCUGUAAGCAUCCGUGACCCCGAGCCGCCCCCAGGGCGCGGGCUGGCUCCUGCUUGGCUGUUACAUGGAAAAUGUCGCUUUUUUUAUUCUCUAACCGAGCUGAACUUUGUUUCUUUUCUCCUUGAAUUCUUCAGGCUUGAUGCUUUUAUUUCACUCAAAGUCGCUGGGGGGCAGGGCGGGCAUUUCCACGGGCACCGGGGAGAGAAGGACAGUUCGUUACGCUGCUCCGUUUCGGGGCCGGGCGCAGCCCCGCGCCGGGAGGCGGCAGUUUCUUACCGCGGUGUUUUUGUCGCGGUGUAGUUCGGAGCGGGAGCGGCCCCGCCGAGCGGGGCGAACCCCGCCCGCCUCGCGCGCCGCCUUCCCGCCCGUUCUUCCCACCCGUUCUUCCCGUGCGUUCUUCCCGCGCUCCGUUCCCGCGCUGGCGGCCGUUGGGGGCGGGGCCCGGCGCCCCGGCCAAUGGGCAGCGGCGGCGGCGCGCGCGCCGGGCCAUGGCGGCGGCGGGCGGCGAUGGUGGCGCGGGCGGGGCCUCGGGCCUCGGGGCCGAUGGCGGGGACGGGCCGGCCCCGGCGGCGGCCCCAGGGCGCGCCCAGGUGUUCAGCACCGUGGUGGACACGUUCCUGGAGAAACUGGUGGCCGCCGGGAGCUACCAGAGGUUUGUCAGCUGCUACCGCUGCUUCUACAAGCUGCAGCCGCAGCUGACCAGGAGCAUCUACGAUCAGUUCGUCUCCCAGCUCCAGGCGUCCAUCAAGGAGGAGAUCCAGGAGGUGAAAAAUGAAGGGAAUCUGGAGGGACUCUUCAGUUUACUGGAUAAGAUCGUGGAGGAGGCAAAGGACCGGGAAGAGCCAGCCUGGCGGCCCAGCGGGGUCCCGGCGCGGGACGUGCGCAGCGCCCUGGUGCCGUUCCUGCUGCAGCACCGCGCCCACCUGCGCCGGGCGCUGCAGGAGCGGCAGGAGAGGAGCAGCAGCCUGGCCGAGGCCGUGCUCGCGGGGAGGGACAGCAUUGCAGAGCUGCAGCAGCUGAUCCAGGCUCACCAGCAGGCCUGGCAGGCAAUCAGUAAGGAGCAACGAGAACUCAUCAUGACAUUCCAGGAGCCUCAGUGACGCCCCACAGGCUCUGCUGAGACAGUUCAUCAUCCUAAAGCACUGACAGGACAAGGUGUUUGCAGAACCCAAACUGAGAAUUACCCCAUCACGCCACGGGAGACUGUAGAGGGACUGAAACUGGCACUGAAACAGCUGCUGGACUGGCACGGGUUGAUCAAAAGAAAAAAAAAAAAGAAACAAAAAAACCUCAUUGGGAUCUUUGGAAAUGGAUGGCAAUUCCCUAUUUCCUACUCAGCUAGACAGAGGGGUGUCACAAACUGUGUCUGUGCUCAUCUGCUGCACUCAGUGCUGUGACAGGCCUGAUUCCAGUUUCCAAAGCCACAUCUGGGGGUUUGUAGCUGUUUUAGCUGUGUGUUAGACAAAAUUCAGUGCCUUAAGCCCCAGGCCAGGCUCUUGCCUGUGCUUGCAGGUUCAUUCAGUCUGCCUGUGUUCAGAGCACUGCUCUUGCAGAUGUGGCAGCAGCUGCUGCCCCAAGUUUCUCAUUACCAUUCAUUCUGUUCUCACAGUUAUUUUCUAGCCCCGGUCCCCUCCCAGCAGCCUGAGGUAUAUGUGCAGGGGUUGGAACAGCUCUGCCUCCACUUUGUGGGUUUGUAACAGGGUUUUAAUGUUUUUCCUGUGGAACCUUCUCGAGCCAGACUGGUUUUCCCCACCCAGAGUUGUCUGUUGCUGCCUCUCCUGUUUGUGGGCUGGGGAAGCCGAGGCUCCCGGGAUCUCCCUGGCAGAGCCCCACCAGUGAUGUGUGCUUGCAGCAUGGACAGGCUGUUCUGGGGCUGGGCAGGGAGGGAGGAGAGCCCCCCUGCACCUGCUGAGGACUGAGAAGUUCUGAGUCCAGCAGGCCCUGAGGGCAGAGCUCCGUGGUCUCUGCCCCAAGGAGAGGCCCUGCCCUGAGCCCAGCUCCACCACACCCCAGCCUGUCAGCAAUUAGAGCUGCAGUGGCUGCAGCAUUUCCCCUCUGCCUCCCCUCACUGUGAUGGAAUCUCAAUAAACUGGGGCUGUUGUUCCCA